AUGGACGCUGCCCUUCACUUCCUCCUUCGCUAUUCUCCUCCAGUCAUCGCACGCUGGAUAGUUCAAUAUGCUCCUCAGGCCUGGCUGGUCCGUCUCUGCAAGCGUGUCGAGCAGAAACAACGGGACCAGCAUGCAGUCGUCGCGCCCGUACUGCGCAUCUCCCCCCAUAUCGCCGUAAACCGCGGGCUGGGUGUGCAACGCAGAAGGGCUAUAAUGCAAAACUAUGCAUACCGCCGUCUCAAUCCGUCCAUUGUGCGUGUCCCGCAGGUCUAUCGUUUCUUCUUGCAGUCGACAGGCCACUCGCUACCAGACGGCUACUUGUUCAUGGAGUACAUACCCGGCCAGACUCUCGAACAACUUGAUACUACCGCUGGCGACAACAGCGUCAGCAGGGCUUUGACUACUCGCCUGGCAAAAGUUGUGGCACAUCUCCAGGAGAUUGAAGCAGAGGAUGAUGCACCUCCUGGCCCUGUAGGUGGUGGAAUGUCACAGGGCUACCUAUGGGGUGACGAGGGGACGAAGACUGUUUUCAAGUCCGUUGAGGACAUGAAUCUGUGGCUUAACAAACGGUUGAACAUCAUCAGCAAGUCUAUCGACCUGGCUCCGUGCUACCCGCUCGUGCUGGUCCAUGGAGAUCUAUGUCGAAGAAACAUCAUUGUCGUGGAUGGUGGCAGUACCAAUAGUGAAAAGGAAAGCGACUGCUCAAAGAACCAACUCUGCCUUGUGGACUGGGAUUUUGCGGCACUCUUACCACGGGUGUUUGAAACCACGGCCAUGUUGUGCUAUAAUGAUGACUGGGCUUACUCACAGGGCCUGCUACAGGCAACAAAGAAGGAGAUAGGAGGCCUAACAGAGCUGGAGGAAGAGUGUAGUAAGUUGCUUAUGAGAGCAAGAGCAGGGAGCUUGAGAUACUCUUUUUAG